AAAAAAAAGCGGAAUCAUUGCCCUUCCACUAUCAGGAUAUUCAUCGGACCAAGAACACACGACAAUAUCAAUAACAAAAAAAGAACUCCAGAUAACGUUGCAAGUGUUUUCCCCUUCCUCCUUCACUUCACUCUCUCGAAUCGUCGGCCCGAGUUCGAAUUGAAUCGAAACCGAAAGCUCGGAUCUUUAUCGCUAAAUGGCGUCGGCGAAUCCGUUUCAGAAGAUACUGACGGCGCUUGAGAAGCCGGACGGCGGCGAAUUCGGCAAAUACUACAGCUUGCCAGCUCUCAACGAUCCAAGAAUCGAGAAGCUGCCAUUCUCGAUUAAGAUCCUUCUUGAAUCCGCAAUUCGUAACUGUGAUGAGUUUCAAGUGAAGAGUAAUGAUGUUGAGAAAAUUAUUGAUUGGGAGAACACUUCUCCCAAGCAGGUUGAGAUACCAUUCAAACCUGCUAGAGUCCUGCUUCAGGACUUUACUGGAGUACCAGCUGUUGUUGAUCUAGCUUGUAUGCGUGAUGCCAUGAACAAUCUGAAGGGGGAUUCUAACAAGAUUAACCCAUUGGUCCCAGUAGAUCUUGUCAUUGAUCACUCGGUUCAAGUAGAUGUUGCAAGAUCAGAAAAUGCCGUGCAGGCAAAUAUGGAAUUUGAGUUCCAGCGAAACAAAGAACGGUUUGGUUUUCUGAAAUGGGGAUCAAAUGCGUUCCAUAACAUGCUUGUUGUUCCUCCUGGAUCAGGGAUUGUUCACCAGGUUAAUUUGGAAUACCUUGGUCGAGUUGUGUUCAACACAGAUGGCUUGCUUUAUCCUGAUAGUGUUGUCGGGACAGAUUCACACACGACUAUGAUAGAUGGAUUAGGUGUCGCUGGCUGGGGAGUGGGUGGUAUCGAAGCAGAAGCCACUAUGCUUGGCCAGCCCAUGAGCAUGGUCCUGCCUGGUGUUGUUGGGUUUAAAUUACUAGGAAAACUGAGAGAUGGUGUGACAGCUACUGACUUGGUUCUGACAGUAACUCAAAUGCUGAGGAAGCAUGGAGUUGUUGGCAAAUUUGUGGAGUUCUAUGGGGAAGGCAUGAGUGAAUUGUCACUAGCAGACCGUGCGACUAUUGCCAACAUGUCUCCUGAGUAUGGUGCAACCAUGGGCUUCUUCCCUGUGGAUCAUGUCACCCUGCAAUACCUAAAACUCACAGGCAGAAGUGAUGACAAGGUCGCUCUGAUAGAAUCCUAUUUACGGGCUAAUAAGAUGUUUGUUGACUAUAAUGAGCCCCAGAUUGUGAGAGUGUACUCCUCCUAUCUUGAGCUAAAUCUUAAUGAUGUGGAACCAUGCAUAUCCGGUCCAAAGAGGCCACACGAUCGUGUUACUUUGAAAGAAAUGAAAGGGGAUUGGCAUGCAUGCCUUGACAAUAGAGUUGGAUUUAAGGGUUUUGCUGUGCCAAAGGAAUCUCAAAGUAAAGUUGUAGAAUUCGAUUUUCACGGAACUCCAGCACAGCUUAGGCAUGGGGAUGUUGUUAUUGCAGCUAUCACCAGUUGCACAAACACCUCAAAUCCUAGUGUAAUGCUUGGAGCUGCUUUGGUGGCCAAGAAAGCUUGUGAAUUAGGAUUGGAGGUGAAGCCAUGGAUUAAGACAAGUCUUGCUCCCGGUUCUGGGGUUGUAACCAAAUACUUGCAAAAGAGUGGGUUGCAGAAGUAUUUGAAUCAGUUAGGGUUUCAUAUUGUUGGGUAUGGAUGCACGACAUGCAUUGGGAAUUCAGGAGAUAUUGAUGAUGCAGUAGCGGCUGCUAUUACAGAAAAUGAUCUUGUAGCUGCGGCUGUAUUAUCUGGAAAUAGGAAUUUUGAGGGUCGUGUGCAUCCCUUAACAAGGGCUAAUUAUCUUGCUUCUCCUCCCCUUGUUGUUGCCUAUGCUCUUGCUGGAACGGUAGAUAUUGAUUUUGAAACCGAACCAAUUGGGGCGGGAAAAGAUGGAAAGAAGAUAUUUUUCAGGGACAUCUGGCCAUCCAAUGAAGAAGUGGCAACAGUUGUGCAAUCAAAUGUGCUUCCUCAUAUGUUUAUGGCUACAUAUGAAGCAAUCACCAAGGGAAAUCCAAUGUGGAAUCAGUUAUCUGUACCAUCUGGCACUCUUUAUGCCUGGGACCCAAAAUCAACAUAUAUACAUGAACCGCCAUACUUUAAGGAUAUGACCAUGUCUCCUCCGGGUGCUCAUGGUGUGAAGAAUGCUUACUGCUUGCUCAACUUUGGAGAUAGUAUUACAACUGACCACAUCUCACCAGCUGGUAGCAUCCACAAAGACAGCCCAGCAGCUAAAUACCUUCUGGAACGUGGUGUUGAUAGAAGAGACUUCAACUCAUAUGGAAGUCGCCGUGGUAAUGACGAGAUUAUGGCAAGAGGGACUUUUGCUAAUAUUCGGCUGGUCAAUAAGUUUUUGAAAGGAGAAGUUGGUCCCAAAACAAUCCACAUUCCCACUGGAGAGAAACUGUCUGUGUUUGACGCUGCUAUGAGGUACAAAAGCGAAGGACAUGAUACGAUUAUUUUGGCUGGUGCUGAGUAUGGAAGUGGAAGUUCUCGUGAUUGGGCUGCAAAGGGUCCAAUGCUAUUGGGUGUGAAGGCAGUUAUAGCAAAGAGCUUUGAGCGCAUUCACCGUAGUAAUCUCGUUGGCAUGGGCAUCAUUCCGCUAUGUUUCAAGACUGGGGAGGAUGCUGACUCUCUUGGUUUAACCGGCGAGGAACGCUACACCAUCAAUCUUCCCAGCACUGUCAGUGAAAUUAGACCUGGUCAGGAUGUCACAGUAGUGACAGAUAAUGGCAAGUCCUUCGUAUGUACACUACGUUUCGAUACAGAGGUUGAGCUGGCAUAUUUCGAUCACGGAGGCAUUUUGCAGUAUGUCAUCAGGAAUCUGAUCAAAAGCUAGAUCAACAACCACUUGACGGGUAUCGACAAUGCCGGUGCAGGUCAACAUUGUACCAAUUUUUCCGCUCAAAAUAAUCAACGUGUUUCAGCAACAAUACGAAGUUGUUUCAAAUCCCAGCGCUGACGACCCCAGGCCCCAGCUACAUUAUAAAUAAAGGAAUAUUGGUGGGAAUAUCUGUUGUCUUAGAAAAAGAAUCAUGUUUUGGCAACAAUACGACGUUGUGAAAUUUGGUUUUUAUUGGAGGUGUGGAUUGUCAAUGCCACUUUGUUUUCA